UUGCUCCAGAAAACGUAGACGACUUGUUGUGCGCGUCAGAUACCACAAGUCACAGGAUGUAAAGGUUGGUUCCUGCUCUUUCUGGUAUGCCAAAAUCAGCACUCUCAUUUGGUCACAACUACGGCGCGCUCCUGCAAACACUUCUUGUUAUGUACUUCUUGGCAGAUUCUUGUCCUGUACUGUGAUACGAUGCUGGAUCAUGCUUAAAAACAUUCGUCAAUACAAGUACCCAGGAUGAUCAUUGUACUCGCUAGAUGUCUUUCUUGUAUUACGGAUUUAGUGAAUAGACCCUAGUAACAGAGGGCUUCUCCUAUCUAGGGUUCUUCAUCAAUAAGCAUCAUUGUAGUUGUAAGUUGUAAUAAGCCUGAUUUUUGUAGUCCCACCAGGUCAACAUAGUAAAGAAAAUGCAGGGCUCUGGUGGUUUUCACGGACGUAUGUCCGCAAACCAGAUGCGCAACGUUGCAGAUGGCGAAACCCGGAUGAUGAAGCAAAUGGACAAGAAUGGGCUCUUCAGCGACAGAUAUAAACAGGAUAUCGACAUGAGGAAAAUCAAGUUUGAGGUUUUGCGGCCCUGGAUAAACAAGAAGGUCAUCGAAAUCAUGGGAUUCGAAGACGACAUCGUCAUAGAAUACGUGUCCUCGCAGUUGACAUUUGAGAAAGUCGAAGCACACCAGAAGGUGGAGCCGAAGAAGUUCCAGAUGAACCUGACACCAUUUUUGGGAAAGCAAGCGGCUGUACUAAAAGAUGUUGAUGUUCUAUAUUUUGCACAGUGGCUCCUGUGCAGAAGAAGAUUUAGAAAUUCUCGAAAGUAAUAAAUCUCUUGCAGAUACAGUUAACCUAGUUGAUGUACUUAGAAUUAUCAUGUGCAGAUAUUAUGUAGCUGCAGUGUCAUUACUCGGGUCACAACGGAACCAGGCAGCUGCUCGUAGUUGCUACGUGGUUCGAAUGAAUGAAUGAAUUCAAAUUUCAGAUUUCGCAUCUUGGACCUCCCUCUCUGAGACUCGUCCUUUUCCAAACCAUCUUCUAUUGAAGUCCUUUUCCUUUUCCACCUCAACGAGCUAUCUCAACCUGACCUCCACAGGCUUUCUGCCACGAGCUUUGGGACCUGCUCUUGUCCGCUCAAGAGCGACCAGAUGGCAUCCCACAACGAUUCGUAGACGAAAAGAGGGACGAACUCGAAAGUAAGCGAGCACGAGUAGAGGCCAUUGGUGCGCAACUAGGAGGACCUGGACAUCAUGGACCUCCAGGUGCAUUUCCUGUAGGACCAGGAGGACCUCCGCAUAUGCCUCCAGGACCACAUGGAUUUCCGAUGGGCCCACCUGGACCUAUGAUGCCUGGAGGUAUGUUUCCAGGGCCACCCGGUCCUCCACCGCCAUAUGGAGCUGGGCCACCGCCAUACGCGGGUGGUCCACCGCCUUACGCGGGUGGGCCACCGCCAUACGCACAGCCACCACCGAAAGGAUAUGCGCCAACGAAAGUUAUGCAUGGAAAGCAAUUUGUACAAUCAUCCUCGACUACAAACUCAAUGAAAUUUAAAACACCUGCUCCGACUAGGCACGUAUACUUAUAUAUAAUUGUACGAGGAAGUGGCAGACUUACUUCUUUCAUAGUACUUCUUUGAUUGCGGAUGCUCUAACCUCCGCAACGACGCGUACGGCGCACCUGCUUACCCGCCUUCCAAAGGGAAAGAGGGGAAGUCACCAAGUGGGAAAAAGAGUAAAAAUCAACCACCUGCAUAUUACGGUGGCUCCAGGUUUUCGAACGUUCCGGGAUCGUCAAGUUCUUCGAACGCAGGAGGCAGUCCAGGUCGCAGUGAAGGAGCGGGAGCUGCUCAGGAGCAGACAAAUGCUCCUGGAGCAGCGUCAAAGAAGGGGCGAUCUUCUAGUGGAAAAUCCAGAGGAGGAACAGUCUUUGAUCCUAGUAAGAAUGCAAAUAUGAUACCACUUGGCGGAGGUGGUCCUCGUGGUGCUGAGGCGUCCUCGAAUACUUCUGACUAUGCUCCUCCAAGAGAACGAAGUCCACGGAGAGAGAAGGCGUCGAAAUGGGACUCCUGAUUUUUCCUGUAAAAACGCUCACGACAACUGCUUCAAUGAUGUGUACUAUAGCGGUUGAUGAUAAGCCCUCUUGAUAGGUACCCCUUUACCUUUUUGUACUCAUAGUGUGGGAAGAUACAACCCGCACCCUCGCGACUUCAAUAUUGUGCCUUAUGAUCAUGUCCACCUCUGAAUCCUAGAUUACAGAUGACUUGUAACCUGACGCGACUUGUUUUGAUGUCUGUCAUACUGAGGAAAUUGGCGAAUGAAACGAAGCUGUUGGAGCUCCUGGACCUUUGUUUUUUCCUUGUCCCUUUUGAACAAACGUAAUAUCUGAAACGGAGAGCGAGAGAGAC